AUGGCGGAAGCCGGAGCCGCGGUCGACAUCGACGCUCGGCGUGGCAGCCGCAACAACGCGCCGGACGGCCGCGUCGAGUACGUCAGCCGUCUCCUCGAGACGGCCUUCCGCGCGUCCAACUUGGACCACGUGCACAGCUUUGUGACGAGCGAUACGACGCGCCAGCGGAUCCUCGAGUUUCUCGGCGCCAGCGAGAGCCGCCUUUUGCUCGUGUACGAGGCCAGUGCCGGCCGAUUUACGAUCGCGCAAUCGAUCCAGGCCGCGACGGCCAAGGCGCAAAGCGACAUCUUCUACCUCAUCAAGGUCGCAAAAAGCGCAGUCUCGGCCGAGCACAUUGCCGCCGAGCUUCUCGCGGGCUCGCUCAACCGCAGCGUGCUCGAGACCAUGGCGCGCAUGAUGCAGGACGUCUUUGUGCCUCUUGUCUCGCACAGCGGCAACCAGCACGCAUGGCCGGAAAUGGUCGCGACCUCCAUCUCGGAGAACCUCCAGCUCUUUCUUUCGAGCUUGCAGAUUACGCUUGGGCAAACGAAAGGCGAGACGUGCCUGCCGCUGCCGCCCGAGCAGUCGACGUCCAAGACAUUUGGCGACGACUUAGACCACGGCGGACACGUCAAGGACCAAGUCCACGUGCUCGAAGGGUGUCUCAUUACGUGGACAAAGCAGAUCAAAAAUAUCCUCAAGCAAGAUCCCGAGACGCUCCUGAACGCCAACGAAAAGGGCUUGCAUCCUGGUCCGUCCGAGGAGAACCGGUUCUGGCUCGGGAAAGCGCGGAAUCUCAACUCGAUCUUUGACCAGCUCCAGAGCGAUAGCAUCCGGAAGGUGCUCCAGUACCUCGACGCGACCAAGAGCACGUACAACGUACCGUUCGCCAAACUCUGCAAGGAGGUCUUCCACGCGCGCGCCGAGGCCAACGACAAUGUCCUCUUCCUCGCUCCCCUCUUGCCUUGGUUCCAUGCAAUGGAGCGCGAGACGACCUUUACAGUGCUCGUCGAUCUCUUCCGGCCCAUGAUGCAUUCGAUUCUUCUUGUCUGGAAAUGGAGCCGCUUCUACAACACGCCACCGCGGCUUGUCGUGCUCGUGCGGCACAUUUGCAACGAGCUCAUUCGCAAGGCGUUUGCCUACAUGAACGGCGCGAUGCUGUUUGAGCUCAUGGCGGCCGACGAGACGCCGCGCGCGCUCGAGAACCUCAAGACGACGCUGCGCGUCUGUGCACACUAUAAAGCAGUGUACUUUGACUACAAGGCCAAAGCCAACACCGAGUGCCCGCAAAACCAAUGGCGCAUUCAGAACAACGCGCUCUUUAUUCGCCUCGAUGCGUUCUUAGAGCGCUGCCACGACGUGCUCGAACUCACGCAGACGAUUGUCCAGUUUGGCAAGCUCGCCAAAAUCGAAGUGGGCGGCACGAAGGGCAAGACGCUCACGACGUCCGUGCAGCAGAUUUAUGCCGACUUUACCGACACAGUCGUUGUCGUGCAGAACGUCGCAUAUGACCUUCUGGACAUUGACGCGAAAGGCUUUGACGACGAUUUUUACGAGUUUCGAUCGAAAAACAAGGAGCUCGAGCGACGCUUGGCCAGCGUUGUCAACCAAGCGUUUGAUGACGCGACGUCCAUCACGGGCCGCUUCAAGCUCCUCGACUCGUUCGACGAUCUCCUCGAGCGACCCAUCAUCAAGAACGAUUUGGAGAAGAAGCAUGCAAUUCUGAUUGCAGCGUACAGCGCCGACCUCCAUGCUGUACAGCAAGUCUUUGUCGAGAAGCGCGAGAGUCCGCCGAUCGGGUACAACUUUCCGCCGUUCGCUGGCGCCGUCGCGUGGGCGCGCGGCCUCCGCGACCGCAUUGGGUAUCCCAUGGAGAAGCUCAAGUGGCUCAACCGCGCGAUCCUCGAGCGCGAAGACUCGAAAGACGUCAUCAAGAUGUACACGACGCUGGUCGGGUCGCUCAUGGAGUUUGAGAGCGCGAGCGUCAAGACGUGGGCGCACUCGAUUGAAAUCUCUAGCAAGUCCAAGCUCAAGCUGCCAUUGCUCCGGAAGGAGGCCGAGUCGGGUCUCGUCUUUGUCAACUUCGACCCGGCGCUCGUACAGCUCUUGCGCGAAGUCAAGUACUUUUUGAGUCUCGGCCUCGAAGUGCCCGAAGAGGCAAUGGCGAUCUACCGCAAAGCCGAAAUCUUCCGCCGGCAAACGGGCAACUUGGAUCUGAUUGUGGACAUGUACAACCGCGUGCACACGACACUCUUGCCUGUCGAGCGGCCGCUGGUGAAAGCGCAUCUGGACAAGAUUGACCAGAUUCUGGCGCGUGGCAUUCGGUCGCUCAACUGGAAAUCGCACGGCAUUGAUAUGUUCUUGAAAGACUCGAUGACCGACGUGCACGAGGCGACGGCACUCCUCGAUGCAAUGAAGAGCCACAUGGCGCGCGUCCACGAGCUGCUCGAGAGCUGGUGCUACGGAACGCUCUUUGAGCGCCGGAGCAAGCCCAUGAGUGUGGCCGAGUUUGACGAGAGCCAAGCACCGACACGCUUGGCCAAGUACCAGCAGGUCAAAGAAGGCGGGAACGAGAUCCACCGGCUUUUGAAAGAUACGCUCAAGAAGCUCAAGGUGAGCCAGGGUUCGCCCGAUUGGCGGGCGUACGUCGACUUUGUCAACGGCAUUGUCGAAGACGGAUUGACCAAAGUCGUUUUGAACUCGCUCGCGUACCUCGGGUCGCAACUCGACCCAAGAACGAUCGAGACGCACGAUUUGACGCCGCUGCUAGAGAUUGAGCUCGACUUGUUUGGCAAAGACAUUGUGUUUGCGCCGCCCAUCGGCAGUGCACCGUCCAAAGUCGGCAUCAAGGACGUUGCUGGUCGCUGGAUUGAGGGCAUUCUGCACAUCACAACGCUCUUCAAGCGGCUCGAUACGUCCGACGGCACGUAUCUCAAAGAGCUCCGCGAACACCCCCAAGUGCAAAAGUGCAUCGCCGACAUUGUCGCGAGCUGUGCAACCCAAGAAACCAUCUGCCUCCAAUACAAGAAGGACCUGAUGAAGUACGAGUACCUCUGGAGCACGGACCUCAACGCGAUGUUCAGUACGUUCUUGGCGUCGGCGUGGGUCCCCGCGGACGUGCCGGCACCGGAUCGCACCAGCGUCGACAUGUCGGGCCCCAACCUCGACUUGACGCAGUUCGAUGAGAAAAUCCGACUCUACCUUGGCCUCCAGAACGAGAUCAGCGAAGCCAAGCACUCGCGCGAUAUUUGCUUCGUGCGCGUCAACUCGCUUCCGAUCAAGCAAGCGCUCAGCACGUGGGUCACAAAGUGGGUCUACAUGUUUACGCAAUUUCUGCACGAUCGCGUCAUCAACCAGCUCACGUGGAUGGACGACUUUGUCGGACGCGUCACAAGUGGUCUUGAGCGUGACGUGAGCGACACGAACGCGCUCAUGGCCGUCAUGGGCCACAUCCAGAACGUCCGGCGUCUCAUGCAGCUCAAGCAAGUGCAGUUUGGGCCCCUCCGCGACAUUGUUGCGCUCCUCAAAACGCACGGCAUCAACCUCGAUGCAUCCUAUGUCGGCAAAGAAACCGCGAUGACGUGUCUCGAGCAAGCUCCAAUGCGAUGGGACAACAUGGUCAACAAGACGUUCAAAAAGAAAGAAGUGAUAGCUCCGGUCCAGAACCACGCGGUCGAGGCCAUCAAGCUCGACCUCAAUGUCUUUCACAAGCGCGUCGCUGCGUUCCGCGAGGACUUUGUGCAAAAAGCACCGUUCAGCUAUGACGCGCUCGUCGUCGACUCGAGUGCGUUCGACGUCGUUGUAGCGAGCGCGAACGACGCGCUCUCGACGGUCGAUGCCAAGCUGCUCGAGAUGGAGGCCGAGGCGCGGCGGCUCCGCAAUCUCGAAGACAUGUUUGAGCUUGCGCCAAUGACAUUUGACGGCCUUGAGACGUGCCGGAGCGACUUGACGCUCCUCAGCCGCGUGUGGCAGCUUCUCGAUGAGAAUGCCAUGACGUUCUACACGUGGCAAGCGCUCUUGUGGCAAGACGCAUCGAUCGAAGCGCUUCUCGACGUGGUGCGCGCUAAGACAAGCCUCCUCCUCAAGUGCCCAGUGCGCACGCGCGACUGGCCCAUCUACAAGACUGUCGAGAGCAAUUUGAGGCAAAUGGGCGCGACGUUGCCGCUGAUUGAGAUCCUCCACUCGUCGGCGAUGCGCGAGCGGCACUGGAAGAGCUUGCUGCACGUCACGAAACCGCGCAACCACGCGACUUGGCUGCUUCCAACCAGCAGCGUCGACAGCAGUCUGCAUCUCGACGACCUCUUCAAGCUCGAUUUGUAUCGGUUUGAGACCGAAGUCCAAGACAUUGUCGAAAUGGCCAACCGCGAACUCAAGAUCGAGACAGACCUCGCCCACAUUGCAAACGUGUGGGCCAACUGGAGCCUCGUGGUCGUGCCGUACCCGAACGGUACGCAGGUGUUGCAGGCCUCCCAGACCGACGCCAUCAUUGAGACACUGGAAGAGCAGCAAUUGCUGCUGCAAACAAUGGCGGGUCUUGGCAAGUUUGUCGAGUACUUUCGCGACAAGGUCCUCGACUGGCAACAGACGCUCGGCAACGUCGAGAGCGUACUCAAGCUCUGGUUUACAGUGCAGCAAACGUGGCUCUCGCUCGAACGCAUCUUUUUGAGCUCCCAAGACAUUCGGCUGCAGUUGCCGCAAGAGACCAAGCGCUUUGAAGCGGUGGAUGCGACGCUGAAGGAGCUCUACAUCGAUGUCCAAGGCCACUUGGCCAUUCUGCAGGCGUGUGCAGGCGAGAAUGACCGAGAGAGCGUGCUUCGGGACAUCCACGCCGAGCUCGAAGUGUGCCAAAAAGCGCUCAACCAGUACCUCGAUGCGAAGAAGGACGUCUUCCCGCGCUUCUACUUUGUCUCGAACGCGGCGUUGCUCGAAAUCCUCUCCAACGGCAACGACCCGCUCAAGAUCCAGCCGCAUUUAGGCGACUGCUUUGACGGGAUUCGCGUGCUCAACUUUGAGCCCAAUGCAUUGCCGCUCUCGGCCAUUUCCGUCACAUCGAAAGAAGGCGAAGUCGUGGCAUUCCCAUCGCUUUUUGCAAUCGCGAACGGGACACCGGUCGAACUCUGGCUCAACGACCUUUUGCUCAUGAUGCAACUCAUGCUCAAGACGAUCGUGCACGACGCGCUCGAGGCGUCGUCGGCGUGGGGAUUGGACGUCGCGCGGUAUGCGUGGGUCAUGGACUACCCUGCGCAAAUGAGCCUGCUCGGAUCGCAGAUCGUGUGGACCGAAGAGACCGAGUCGGCGUUCGAAGAGCUCGAGGGUGGUCAAGAAGACGCACUGAAAAAGUACCUGGACACGUGCAACGCCCGCCUCGACGACCUCAUCAAGCUCGUCCAAGGUGAAAUGACACGGCUCGACCGCAUGAAGGUCAUCACAGUCAUUACGGUCGACGUCCACGCACGGGACGUGGUUGCGUCGCUUGUCACAAAGAAGGUGUCGUCGGCACUCGAUUUUACGUGGCAAUCGCAGCUCCGCUACUACUAUCUCGAGCCACAGACGACCAAGCACGUCGCUAUCCGACUGUGCGACUUCCGAGCUACGUAUUCGUACGAGUACAUUGGGAAUUGCGGCCGUCUCGUCAUUACGCCGUUGACCGAUCGGUGCUACGUCACCAUGACAACGGCCCUUCGAUUGCACUUGGGCGGGGCACCGGCGGGGCCCGCAGGGACGGGCAAAACCGAGACGACCAAGGACCUUGCACGAGGCAUGGGCUUGAUGUGCUACGUCUUCAACUGCUCGGACCAAAUGAACUACCAGACCAUGGCCGACAUUUUCCGCGGCUUGUCGCAGACGGGCGCGUGGGGCUGCUUUGACGAAUUCAACCGCAUCAACGUCGAGGUCCUCUCUGUGGUUGCGACCCAAGUCAAGACCGUGCUCGAUGCCAUCACGUGGCUGGCACUGCCGGCCAACCGCGACGUCGACUACCAAGGCGCACCGGCAGGCACGCCGCCCGUCAAGGUCGGCAGCUUCCUCUUCUCGGGGAAGAAAAUCAUGCUCGUCCCGACCGUCGGCUUCUUCAUCACGAUGAACCCGGGCUACGCCGGCCGCACCGAGUUGCCCGAGAACCUAAAGGCGCUCUUUCGAUCGUGUGCCAUGAUUCGACCGGACGUGCAGCCGAUUUGCGAAAAUAUGCUCAUGUCGGAAGGGUUUUUGCGGGCUCGAAUCCUCGCCAAGAAAUUUGUGACUUUGUACCAGCUCAGCUCGGAGCUCCUCUCGAAACAAGUGCACUACGACUGGGGUCUCCGCGCUGUGAAAUCCGUGCUUCUUGUCGCCGGGAGUCUCAAGCGCGCCGACCCAACCUGCGACGAAGACACGAUUCUGUUGCGCGCGCUGCGGGAUUUCAACCUCCCAAAGCUCCCCACGCGCGACGUGCCCACGUUCCUGGGCCUUCUUCACGACCUCUUCCCCGCGUGCGUUGCCGGGGACGCACCGUCGGGCGAUGCAACCAUUCGGUCGAGCUGCGCGUCGGUCUGCGUCGCCCAGGGCCUUCAGCCCGAAGAGCUCUUUGUCAAGAAGGUCGUCGACUUUGAUCAGCUGCUCAAGGUCCGGCACUCGGUCAUGCUGCUCGGGCCUGCGGGCUCGGGCAAGACGACCAUUUGGCGCACGCUGGCGCUGGCUGUCAACGCCGGCCAGCCCAAGCCGGUCGUGGUGUACGAAGCCAUCAAUCCCAAGAGCGUUUCGUCCGACGAGCUGUAUGGGUACAUGACCCUCAGCCGUGACUGGAAGGACGGCGUGCUCUCGAUCGUCAUGCGCAACAUGAGCAAGGAGGUCGCGCCGUACACGUCCUAUCAGCGCGGCAAGUGGGUCGUCCUUGACGGCGACAUUGACGCGGUCUGGAUCGAAAGCAUGAACACCGUCAUGGACGACAAUAAGGUGCUCACGCUCGUCUCGAACGAGCGCAUUCCGCUCACCGAGUCGAUGCGCAUGGUGUUCGAGGUCCACUCGCUCGUGAAUGCGACGCCGGCGACCGUCUCGCGCGCCGGCAUCCUCUUCCUCAACGACACGGACGUUGGGUGGAUGCCGUACGUGGACUCGUGGGCGAGCCGGCGCCGCGACGCUGCGCUCUGGUCGGCGCUCUUCCGAAAGCACGCGGAUGUCUUCUUCCAAGUGCUCGCAGAGCACAAGAAGGAGCUGUGUAGCAUGGUCCCGGCGAGCGCCAUUGCGAUUAUGACGACGCUGUGCAAGCUUCUCGACGGCUUUGCCGCGCGCACUCCGGAGGCGGUCCCGGACGUGCUCGAGAAUGUGUUUUUGUUUUGUGCGGUCUGGGCCUUUGGCGGCGCGCUCGACUGCGAGCCGCGCGACAGUCGCCGGCUCUUUAGCCAGGUGGUCAAGCCGUUCUUCAAGCCGUCGCAUGCGCUCAGCGACGACCCAAAUGUCUCUGUCUUUGAUUUUCGUCUCUCGCUGGACACGAACGAGUUUGUGAUGUGGGCCGACGUUGUGCCCAGUAGCAAUAUGGUGUUUGGGGACAUGCCUAUAUACAACGUAGUCGUCCCCACGGUCGAGAGCACGCGCUUGAGUUUUCUCGUCGAGCUCCUCUUGCCCGGUCACACACCUGUGAUGCUGGUCGGCGGCCCGGGUACCGGCAAGACCACGAUCAUGGCCGAGUGUUUACGCCACAAGGAAGACCAGUUGGUCGCCAACAUUGGCUUGCACUACUAUACCGACGCCGCGAUGCUUCAAGCCGAGCUCGAGCGCCAUGUCGAGAAGCGGUCGGGUCGCAUUUACGGGCCGCCGCGGCAGUCGCACCUCGUGUACUUCCUCGACGACCUCAAUUUGCCGUUUGUUGAAGUGUACGGGACGCAGACCCACGCCGAGCUGCUUCGGCAGUACAUGGACUAUGGCGGCUGGUACGACCGAUAUGACGUUGGCUGCAAAAAGACGAUGCAAGACGUCCAGUUUGUCGGCUGCAUGAACCACAAAGCCGGGUCCUUUGGCAUCAACCCUCGCCUCCAGCGGCACUUUGCGACCUUUGGCGUCCUCUUCCCGACGCGGUCCGAGUGCUCGUCGCUCUUUGGGGCGCUCUGGCACCACCACAUGAGCCACUUUAGUGACGGGGUCAAGAAGAUGGCGCCCGGGCUUCUCGCUGCGACGAUGGACCUGCAUGCCGACUUGCGCGAACACUUCGUGCCGACAGCCGUCAAGCCCCACUACAGCUUUAGCUUGCGGGACCUCGGACUGCUCUUCCAAGGUCUCCUCGCGACGAAACCCGAGCUGUUUGCGACGACACUAAGAAUGGGUCGGUUUUGGCUGCACGAGUGCGCCCGCGUCUUCAGCGAUCGGCUCGUCUCGACGGCCGAAGUCGUUCGGUUCCAUGAACUGCUCUUGGAGCACGCCAAAAAGCACUUGGAAGACGACGCGGCCGAGCUCAACGCGCAGCCCAACCUAUUUACGCGGCUGCCAAAAGAAGUCGACGGCGUUCUGUCGUACCCGCCGGUGCCCGUCAAGGACCGAAAGGAGCUCCAAGAGACACUGCAAACGUGUUUGCACUCAUACAACGAGACCGCUGCCGUCAUGAACCUCGUGCUGUUUGAGGCGGCGAUGGACCACGUCGUGCGCAUUCUCCGCGUGCUCACGAUGCCCCGCGGCCAUUUGAUGCUCAUUGGCGUUGGCGGCUCGGGAAAGCAGUCGCUCACGAAGCUCGCGACGUUCAUUUGCCAGUACCCGCUAUUGCAGCUGUGCGUCAAGACCACGUAUGGGACGAACGAGCUCGUGGAAGACAUCAAGGACGUGGUGCGCCGGGCCGGCGUCAAGCCCGGCCUCCCGCUCGUGCUGCUCUUGACCGACUCGCAGAUUGUGCACGAGACCUUUUUGAUCUACCUCAACAUGCUCAUUGCCGGCUCGUCGGCGCUGGCCGACCUCUUUGCCACGGAAGAAAUGGACACCAUUCUCGGUUCGUUGCGUGCGGAAGCAAAAGCCAACAGCAUCCCGGACGCCCGCGACCACAUGAUAUCGUUCUUCCUGGACCGGGUCCGUGCCAACUGCCAUGUCGUGCUUGCGUGCUCGCCCGUGCACCCGAGCUUCCGCGUCCGUCUUCGGCGCUUUCCCGCGCUCAUUCAGUGCGUGGCCAUCGACUGGUUCCACCCGUGGCCCAAGGACGCGCUUGUGAGCGUGAGCACGUCGUUUCUGAGCGACCUCUCGUGGCCGUCGCUCGCGAUCGCCGACAAUGUGAGCCACCACAUGGCCGAGGUGCACACGUCGGUGAUUGCUGCCUCGGUGCAAUUCAAAGCCGCCCUCGGUCGCUACAACUACGUGACGCCGACGUCGUUCUUGGAGCUGAUUUUGUUCUACAAAAAACUGCUCCGUGCCAAGCGCAAGUCGGUCGCACAGUUCAUCCAGCGCCUCGACGUGGGCCUCCGCACGCUCAAGAAGACGGCUGAUGACGUCGAGCAGCUCCAGCGCGACCUCAAAGCCACGAUGAAGCGCGUCGACGAGCGCAAGAAGGCGACCGAUGUGCUCCUCGAGCAAAUGGGCCGGCAGCGCAACGAUGCGCAAAUCAAGCAGCGACGCGCCGACGAAGAGAAGGAAAAGGCCACACAGGCCGCCGAGAUGGCCACCAAAAUCGAGCGCCAAGCGAUGGCGGAGCUCGAGAUUGCGCAGCCAGCGUUGAAGGCCGCGCAGGACGCCGUCAACUGCCUCAACAAGGCGAGUUUGACCGAGCUCAAGUCAAUGCAAAAGCCGCCGGCGGGCGUCGACAAGGUCACGACCGCCGUGCUCAUGAUGCUCAAGCUCGAGACCAAGAACUUUUCGUGGGACAAUGCCAAGAAAAUGAUGGCCAAAGUCGAUGCGUUCAAAGUCGCGCUGGAGCAGUACGACAAGGACGCGAUCCCGCCCGAGGUCGCAGCGCGCGUCGAGCCCAUCCUCGACGACCCCAACUUCAAUUUUGAGAAAAUGAAGGCCAAGUCGGUCGCCGCCGCCAACCUCUGCACGUGGGUCAUCAACAUCAUGGCCUACCACAAGGUGUACGUCAAAGUCAAGCCGCUCAUGGACGCGCUCGAAGAGAGCCGCAAGGCCAAGCUCGAUGCCGACGCGGCUCUCGAGACGGUCCAGGCCAUGGUGCGCGAAGUCGAGGUGCAGCUCUCGGCGCUUCAAGCCUCGUUUCGUGAAGCGACCAACGAAAAAGCCAAGGUGGAAGCGGAAGCACGGGCGUGCCAAGAGCGGCUCGGGCUCGCCGAGCGGCUCGUGAGCGGCCUUGCGUCCGAGAACGAGCGCUGGAAGCGCGAAGUGGACGUGCUCAAGGUUGGUGAAACGUGUCUCGUGGGCGACGUGCUCUUGGCAGCGGCGUUUGUGAGUUACAUUGGCGCUUUUGACGCAUCGUUCCGGGUGCAGCUCUGGAAACAAGUGUGGCUGCCCGACUUGGCGGCGCGAGAGAUCCCUAUCAGUCUACGGCCCAGCGCAGACGAGAAGGCGCCGACGUUGGACCCGAUUUCAACGCUCUGUGACGACUCGGCGAUCGCCCAGUGGAUGAACGAAGGGCUGCCCGCCGACCGCAUGUCGAUCGAGAACGGCUGCAUCAUCUCGAGCUGCGAGCGCUGGCCGCUGCUGAUUGACCCGCAGCUGCAGGGCCUCACGUGGCUGCGCUCGAAAGAGAUGCAGCGGACGCUCACCGAAGCGAGCAGUAGUAACUCAAGUACGUCACUGGACGCCAAUCGCGCGUCCGAGUCCCCAAGUAAGAAAGCGGACGCCAAGGCCAAACUCGCCAAGCGCCGGAGCAACAAUUCCGAGAUGGGCAAGCGGAGCAACUCCAACACCAAGGCAGCGAGUAGCACCAGUAACAGCAACGCACCAAUGAACGAUCGGGCGCCGCUGAGCUUUGUGGUCCUGAACCCAUCCCAAAAGAACUGGCGCAAGCUGCUGGAGCAAGGCAUUACCGAUGGCGCGACCGUUCUCCUUGAGAAUUUAGGCGAGACUCUCGACGUGAUGCUGGAGCCAAUCCUCAUGCGGCAAAUCCACCGCAAAGGCAAGUCGUGGUUCGUCAAGCUCGGCGGCGACGACAUCGAGUACGACACGAAAUUUCGGCUCUUUCUUCACACCAAGCUCUCGAACCCGCACUACCGCCCCGAGAUCGUCGCGCACUGCACACUGAUCAACUUUAUCGUGACGGAGCGCGGGCUCGAAGACCAGCUGCUCGCUCAAGUCGUCAACCGCGAGCAGCCCGUGCUCGAGACCGAAAAACAAGCGCUCGCCCAGCAGUUCAAUAAGUACAAGAUACAGCUCUUGGAGCUCGAGAACCAGCUUUUGGAGCGACUCGCAAACGCGCCCGACGACAUUCUCUCGGACGUCCCGCUCAUCGAGUCGCUCGAGGCGACGAAAAUGACUGCCACGGAUGUCAACUCGGCGAUUUUGCGCGGGAAAGAGACGGAGCGCGUCAUCAAUGACGCGCGCGAGGUGUACCGGCCGAUCGCCGAAGAAGGGUCGAUGAUCUUCUUCAUCAUGGUGCUUCUCUGCCAGAUCAACCCGAUGUACCAAUACUCGCUCGACGCGUUCCUAGUCUUUUACUACAAGGCCAUGGACGCUGUGCCGCACAACCCAAACGUGAUUGACGCCCACGAACGCGUCUCGCAGCUGCGCAAGUCGGUGCUCCUCACGCUCUUCACGAUGGUCAGCCGCGGCCUCUUCGAAGAGCACAAGUUUCUCUUCUUGACCCAACUCACCUUUGCGCUCCUCAAGCGCGGCGCGAUUGGCGACUGGAGCGGCUACAGCGACGACCACUUGCGUUUCUUCCUUCGGGCGCCCAAGAUCGUCGGCGAUGAAAACGCCAUCGAGUGGCUCAACGACUCGCAGUGGCAAAUGCUGCAAGCGCUGAUUCUAGUCGAGGGCUUUGAGCGCUUUGUCGCCGACCUCGUUGAGAGCGAAGCGCGGUUCCGCGAGUGGUACAACUCGGCGACGCCCGAAACCGAAAAACUUCCGCUCGACUGGCGCGAGCUCGACAAGACGCCGUUCCUCAAGCUCCUCGUGCUCCGCUGUCUCCGCGGCGAUAGGCUUGUAGUCGCGUUGCAUCAGUUUAUUGCGGCCGUGCUCCCGCAUGCGCCCCAGUACCUCAACUGCGACGCGCAGUUCAACGCAUACCAAGUGCUCCAAGACGCCUUCCAGCAGUCAAGCCCGUCGACACCGCUCUACUUCAUCCUCUCGCCGGGCACGGACGUUGUGGUCAACGUCGACAAGCUCGCGGCCGGCGCCGCCAAGCGCAAGGGCCUCGAGUACCACAACAUUAGUUUGGGCCAAGGCCAGGAAACCAUUGCGAUGGCUGCGCUCACCGACGGGAUGGCGAACGGCCACUGGAUCCUGCUCAACAACGUGCACUUGAUGCCUGUGUGGCUCCUCGAGCUCGACAAGUGGCUGAGCAAUCUCGAGCCUGAGAGUGGUCGCGUCCACAAGGAAUUCCGUGUCUUUAUCUCGUCGGACCCGUCGCCGCACAUUCCGAUCGGCGUCUUGGACAAGGCCAUCAAGCUCACGAACGAGCCGCCGACGGGGCUCAAGGCCAACGUCAAGCGCGCGCUCUGCGCCUUCUCGAAAGCGUACGUCGACGAUCUCGAGCCGCGUACGCGCGGCAUCCUCUUUGGCAUGUGCUACUUUCAUUCGAUCAUGCUCGAGCGCAAGCGCUUUGGAGCCCAGGGAUUCAACAUGAAGUAUCCGUUUGCUGCCGGCGAUCUCGUUGCGAGUGCGACCGUGCUAGGCAACUACAUGGAGAACGCGCCGACGCGCGUGCCGUGGCAAGACUUGCGCUACCUCUUUGGGGAGAUCAUGUACGGCGGGCACAUUGUCAACGACGUCGACCGGCUCGUGUGCAACACGUAUCUGGCCUACUUUUUGCGCGACGAAUUGCUCGACGAGCUCGGCAUGUUCCCGUACCUCGACGACGGCGACGAUGUCAAGCUCUUUACAGCGCCCAAGCUCAACGCGACUUUGGACCGCAUGCUCGAGCAUGUCGAGCUGACGCUAAUUGGCGACUCGCCGCUCGCGUUUGGGCUGCACCCCAACACGGACAUUCAGUUUUCCACCGAAGCGAGCGAGAAUCUCCUGCAGGGCACAUUGCUCCUCGGCGCGUUGCCGUCGGCGCCGGCGACCGACGUCGUGGCAGCGUCGUCGACCGACUCGAUGCAGAGCAUUGCCGAAGGCAUCUUGCAGGACGUCCUCGAGACGUACCGCGAGCUGCGCCUCGACGUCUCAGAUGUGCUCAACGGCGGCGACCUCUCGCCGUACCAGACGGUGUUUGUGCAAGAGUGUGAGCGCAUGAACGUCCUCCUCGACCACAUGACCAAGAGCUUGGCCGAGCUCGAUUUAGGUUUUCGAGGCGAUUUGACCAUGACGGAAGCCAUGGAAACGCUGCAAGAGCACUUGUACCUGGAUCGCGUUCCACUGACGUGGCAAGCGGUGGCCUACCCGAGCCUUCGGUCGCUCUCGCCGUGGCUGGCGGACCUCGAGCGGCGCUUGUCGCAGCUGCAAGAGUGGGCGGGCCAAGGCGCGGAUAUUCCGAUUGCGAUUUGGCUGCCCGGCCUUUUCAACCCGCAGUCGUUCUUGACCGCCGUGCUCCAAACCACCGCCAAGAAGACGUCGGUGGAGCUCGACAAGCUCAGCAUCGUGACCGACAUCACCAAGCGCAUGCUCGAUGCCCUCGAUGCGCCGAGCCGCGACGGACAGUUUGUCUACGGGCUCUUCCUCGAAGGCGCGCGCUGGGACAUGGGCUCGGGCGUCAUUGACGUGAGCCACCCAAAAGAAAUGAGCUGUCCGAUGCCCAUCAUCAACAUCCGAGCCGUCUUGGCGACGGGCCUCGCCGCGGCCAACAUCUUCGAGUGCCCCGUUUACCGCACGCAGCAGCGCGGCCCGACGUACAUUUGCACCGCGCAGCUGCGCAGCAAGGCGCCACCGGCCAAGUGGGUGCUCGCGGGCGCCAGCCUCGUACUUGAGGUCGUGUAA